AACAUCCCCGUUAAUUACGAAAAAGCCACCGCCGGACGCCAAUUCUCCAUCGUAUGUCACGUCUACGUUGAUUUCUUCUCCGACAACGACGUACGGCGGCACAACCCUUUCCCCGGCUUCUCCGUCAAAGCAACAAGAAAAUCAUCCGACGUAAAAAACCACCCAGAAUCAUUGGUUUCCGAUAUCCUAGACAAAGAUCUCGUCCCCUUCCCGUUGGACUCCUUCGUUUGGAUCGAAGACAGUUUUCACUGCGGCGGCGGCGGCGCCGCCCUCUCCGGCGAAGACGAGCUCGCCCGGAAACUGUUGGAUUUCGUUCUUCUGGUGGACGGCAAGCCGGAGAAUGCAGAUCGGGAUUCGGUGGCGGCGACGCUGGACAUCGACAGGGCGGUGUUCGUGCCGGAAGAGGAAUUCCGGUGGUGGGUUUCUUGGUUCGAUGAGCAGAGGCGGGUUUGCCCGAAUUUCAACUUGGAGUACCGCAGAGCCAUCGGGAAACCACGUGGCAGGACGGAGGCGGUGAGGAAGACCGCCGGACGGUCUUUGGCCGGAGAGAUUGAGAGUGUGGCGGUGGAGGCGGAGUGUUCGAUAUGUUUGGAGGAGUUUAGCGAGGGGGCGCGUGUUGUUCAAUUGCCGUGCCGUCAUAUGUUUGAUGAAGAUUGUAUCUUGAGAUGGCUGAGUGAGAAUCGUGUUUGUCCAUACUGCCGCCAUCUAUUUCCUCUUGAUUGGAACUAGAUUGAAGAUUCUUCUUUUUUUUUUUGGGAUUCAUUCAUAUGUUGUCUUUUUUCUUUAAUGUUCUAAUUUCUUCUGAUGGGGUCGAAUUCAAUAUAAUCUUCUAGAUUAUGUGGAACGUUCUAAAGUUUGUACUCGUUUUGUGUAAAAAUACAGUUUUUGAUGCACCGCAAUAUGAUAUUUACUAAAUUACA